GGUUCCCCAUAAAAGCGUGCGCGCAGCGCAGGCCCAUUCUCUUCUCACGGCCGCGGGAGAACAUGGCGCCGCAGAAAGACAAGAAGCCUAAGAAGUCAACCUGGAGGUUUCAUUUGGACCUUACUCAUCCGGUAGAAGAUGGAAUUUUUGAUUCUGGAAAUUUUGAACAGUUUCUACGGGAGAAGGUUAAAGUCAAUGGAAAAACUGGAAAUCUUGGGAAUGUUGUUCACAUUGAACGAUUGAAGAAUAAAAUUACAGUUGUUUCUGAGAAACAGUUCUCUAAAAGGUAUUUGAAAUAUCUUACCAAGAAAUACCUUAAGAAGAAUAAUCUCCGUGAUUGGCUUCGUGUGGUUGCAUCUGACAAGGAGACUUACGAACUUCGUUAUUUCCAGAUUAGUCAAGAUGAAGAUGGGUCAGAGUCUGAGGACUAGUUGCCUUUGGUAGACUUAAAAAAACAACUAAAAUUAAGCCGGGCAGUGGUGGUGCAUGCCUUUAAU